GUGUGAUUGGAACUAGCCGGAAUGUCCGACAUCUUGAGAGUGCAUCAUAAACUUAUAUCAUGACGUCACACGUGUAUGUAUAGCCAUUACAAAACUAUAAAGAACACACAAUCGAUGGAUACAAUUGCUGAAGCCAUUUUGGUACUUCGUUUCCGGGAAACGUCAAAGUAUCAAUAGGAAUUUAAUCGAAGACUAGGUACUCGAUAUUCAAUUCAUUUUACAUAAUGAUGAGGUCACAGUUUCAAACGUCAAAAAUGAAAACGUGGGCCCAAGCUCUGUUACUGGUUCUAUUAUCCGAGGUGGUUAUUCUGACUGAAGGAGCGGAUCCAGUGGUCGAGUUUACCGUGGAGGAAGAGAAGACGAUCGGCCUUGAACUUGGGAGUCUUGGGGAUGAUGACGUAUUACCCCUAGAGCUGGAGCCCGGAGUGAGAUUGUCUCUGAGGUAUAGUCUCUUGCCUCAAGGCACUCCGCACGACUCACUGUUCAGGGUGGAUGAGGAUACGGGGCAGAUUUUUGCGAUCGGUAGAAUCAACCGAGAAGAAUUAUGCAAAUUUGACACGACCUGCGACCUUGACAUUCAAGUGGCUGUCCAAUCAGCUAUCAGCCAGUUCUUCAAAAAGGUCAAAGUGGUCAUCAAAGUUCAAGACAUAAACGACAACCCACCAGAGUUUCCUCGAUCAAAUAUCCAAGUGAACAUGCCUGAAAAUGUUGCCACUGGAACGUCCUUCCCCUUGCAGGGAGCAGAGGACCUUGACAUUGGUCAGUUUGGAGUUCAGGCGUACGAGUUGACACCGAGCUCCGGCGCCUUCUACGUGAAUGUCACGCGCAGUGAUGACGGACCUAGCGUGAGUGUCCGCCACAGAUUACGACACGCCCAAGUUCGGGGUCAAAGAGUACAGGUUCUCCCCUCUAGAGCGUGAUGACGUCAGGAAGUAUUUCACUAUCAACGCCAGCACAGGGCAGAUCACUGUAGCCGGGUCUCUGCUGGAGAGACAAGGGAAGACCUUUCGACUUCUUGUGGAAUGUUUGGACAAAGGUUUACCUCCCCUUGUGUCAAGAGCGGAAGUUGACGUCACAGUAGAGGACACGACUAACAGCGCCCCCGUCAUCAACCUCAACGUCAUGUUUGGUGGCGCAGUCUCGGAAGUCGCUCAGUCUGGCACCGUGGUAGCGCUCCUGAACGUAGUGGACCACGACGCAGGCCACAGAGGUAUCGUGUCCUGCUCUAUCGUGAGUGACGCCUUCGAGCUCCAGCCUCGCUCUGUGAGUGAGUACAAAGUGAUCGUGGUGCGUCGUCUUGACAGGGAGAGCGAGCCUGUGCACAACGUCAGUGUCUUGUGCCAGGACGCCGGAUCGCCGCCACUCUCGGACACCGUCACAUUUCUCGUCAAGGUGAAGGACGAGAACGACAACGCCCCUUACUUCAGCAAGGCCGUGUACGAGAUCACGAUGCCCGAGAACAACCGGCCUGGUCAGAUCCUGCUGCGAGUGGAUGCCAAAGACGAUGACGUAGGAGAGAACGCGAGACUGACCUACAACCUGAUCGACGCGGAAGAGUUCUUGAGGAUAGACGACAGGGGGAAUAUUGUAGCGGUCAAGCCGCUUGACCACGAGGAGAAGGCUGUUCUGAGGUUUAAGGUUAUGGCAAGUGAUAACGGAACGCCUCAGAAAGCAAGAACGGCUGACGUCAUUAUUACGGUAACAGACUUGAAUGAUGAGGCGCCGCUGUUUAAAUCUCUACAGUACAACUUCGAGGUUACGGAGAAUAUGCCUGCGAACACGAGUCUCAGUCGUGUUUCAGCAGACGACAAAGACAGUGGAGACAACGGGAAGAUUUCGUACUCCCUUCUCCCUAAGAUGAGCCCCUUUCGUAUUCUCGCAGACGGCCUCAUAGUGACGAAAGAGUCUCUGGACAGGGAAAUGAAACCUGUCUACGCUCUGACUGUCCUCGCCACAGACAGUGGAGUUCCUGCGCUCACAGGCACGGCCCAGGUCAAGAUCAAAGUCCGAGAUCAGAAUGACCACCACCCUCGAAUCAUCUACCCUCGAAACGGGAACAACUCUGUGGCCGUAUCUUUCGACGCGAAACGUGGAUCUGUUGUGCUGACUAUUCUCGCAGAGGAUGCGGAUGACGGACCCAACAAAAAGUUGGUCUACCAUCUCGCUUCGAAUUCUGCUCGAGCCAUGUUUGAGCUGAGUCGGGACACGGGGGAUUUGAUUCUAACGAGGGAACUUACGCCUCAAGACGUUGGUCGCCAUAGACUGACGAUCGUCGUUACAGACAAGAGUAAGUCCUUUCCUCUUGCUUCCAACUCUUCUUUCGACGUAGUAAUCUUUGCUCCAAAUGAAACAGCCGGUGCCGGUCAGGAUAAGGAGAAGGAGCACGUGUUAGUUGUCAUCAUUUUGGGCGUGGUCACGGGAGUUGUAACCGUCGCUGUCAUCAUCACCAUUGUCGUCAUACGUCGAGCAGACACGCAGAGAAGGAAAUACAUCCAAAAUAGGGCAAAGAUGUCACCUGAAGUGGAGAAGCUUGAAGCUGAAAAACCUAGUGUGGGUUACGUCAUCAGUAACAGUGCACAAGAUGGCGCUAAGACCAAGGGGAGUAAUGACGGUGGUGAUGACGCGUCCAGAGACUUGACACAGGAUGAAGGAUUUGCUGACAAGUCGCUCCUGAUGCAUGGCACCGCGGGCGAUGACGUAAACAGCGACGGUUCAGGGGAGAGCACUACGUGUGACAGUGGGCGUGGCGGAAGUGAGGAGGACAACGGAAGCCACGGGAGGGCGUCUCCCGUCAAUAAAGAUGGCUCCAUCAUGAACAACCUGAACCACCCGACCCGCCCACAGCGCCCCCUACACGGUCCCCGAGUGGCCAACAUCCCUCGCUCUGGAUUCCCUCCCUUGUCCGGGAGACAACUGGGUCACUCCCUCGACGCGCAGCUGCCUUCCCAGAACCCUCCUCGCUCCUUCAGCGCCCCGCCUGUCAAGCACGUAUCCUUCCGCGAUGACUACCGCAGCGAAUGGCCGGAACUACUUCCUCCCCACCCACGGGGUCACGGAGCCAUGAUGCCCCCACCCAUCCCGGAAAAGUGGGGGUCCGCCUCCAAAGUUGGUCAUGGUGGCGUCCCGAGGGGGAUGGGUGAGCUCACGGUCAACCUUGAUCACAGUUUCGAGACAGCUGAGGACGGCAACAGUACGACGACAAGCGGCAGCUACACUGUGGACGAUCUGUCGCCGCGAGGCAUUGGCAUCAACUACAACCCUGAGCAGGCUGUGGUCUGAAGGAGACUUCUCUGAGACUCACUACGCCAAAAAGUUUGAGAGACACAACAGAAUGCACAUUGUACCUUUGGGAGCUCACACAAUGAUGAAAAGGCUUUGUUCGUCAACAGAGAUUUCUAAAGUCUCAAUACACAAAAAAAUGCUGAGUAACAAAGACUGAUUUGUGUCACAGUAAUGGGAACUCAAGCAACGGAUAACAACCAGCAUAUUAUGUUGACAUGUGAGCGCUAUGUCCCAUCCAGUAUGCCUAAAAUCUGGACCGUUCAGAUACCGAUCAUUUCGUACUUUUCGAAUAAAGUCUCUACAAACUUUCAAGUUUCUAGAGCUACAUAGGAGUGUCGAACGUAUGGUUUCAGGUUUAAACUAAAUCAGAAUGGGCAUACAUUUUUCGAUGAUCAGACAAGUUGUCCCUUUGCACUGACUUAAUCGUGUCCUGUUGGUCAUUCAGCUCACUUCACACUUACACAAGUCUCUAAGAUCGCAAUCUUUGGGAACUUAACAAACACGCUGUGAACGUGAACAUUGAGGACACAAACGACGACCACAUUGUGCCAUGUCCUGGAGAGUUUUGACUUGUGAGCAAAUGGCUCAAUAACUAAGUUGAGCAAUAGACUACAAGAACUGCCUACGUAAUAAGGAUGCAGAACGUUGAUUUCCCUUCACAACAUGAUCAACUUAUUGUGUUGUUCUUGGGAUGAAAUCGUCACAACAGAAUGCUUUUCUUCAUCUCAUCCAGGGCAACGAAAUACUACUUUGAUCUUGCCCUCGUCCCGUGUCUGACAAGAGUAAGCAUAUUCAGUGGGCUGUAAUGAUGUAUGUUCUCCACGGAGUCUGAGAUGUUACAAUAGAAUAAACCGACCCGUGAAGGAAGCUAUUAUGAAGUCACAAGAGCCUUACGGUAGUAAAUUAAAAGUUUAUUUUUACAAAUUAAAAAGGACUGACCAAUUUAGGCAGAGCGUGAGAAAGUGCUUCUUCUAGAAAGUGCGCGCAGCCACACUGUCGAACUUACUGGUUAUGACGUAAGACUUUAUGUAGGCACAUUUCGUUGUUACAAAGACUUCAUGAGACAGAAAACCUGUCAGACUUAAGAUGAGCUUUUAGCCAUUCGAAGGCUUUGUGAAGAAGGUGUGUUUCUGACUUCUUGUGAGCAUCACUUUUAUUAAUUGAGCAAGGAACCAAGCCAGCGACGGAAUGUAUGAAAACAUUGAUUUUCGUUUCCUCGAACUAGUCACCCGUUCCUUGUAGAAACAAUUACUCGUGUAAUUGAAACUACUCACAAGAUAGCUAAACCUGAGACAACAUGACAAUGGUCUCUGUUGAACGGCAUACAUAGAACCUCGAUGAGCUUUUUAAAAACAAAACUAUUAGCUGUGCACAGCAGACGCAACGUUUCCUGGAAGUAUUACAACUGAGAAACCAAAGACAAUUAGACGGUUUUCAACCUUCUAAGACUUUUCAGUUGUUUUUUAUAUGCGUGGUAAGAGCUGCGCGGUAUUUGGUCAUGUUCAUAUUGUAUGGAUGAGAUUUACACUUUACUACCUUCUGAGAGAUUCCAUGACAUGUACACUAGUAGACAGCCCUUGGCAUAAACUGUCAACAUAUCUUUUCUCAUUUUUUUGGGUCAUUUUGUAAGUAAGAACAUUUAUGUUGAAAUGUUCAUACAAUUUAGUAUUUUACUCCCCCCCCCUCCCCCUUUUUUUCUUUAAUUUAAAGGCUCUGGCUGCUGUGGCCAAACCUUUGAAAUAUCUUGAGAAACUAUAAUGACUGUAGUAGUAAGGUCCCGAGAUUCCUUUUCUAUAGUUUUUUUUCGAAAACGCAGUCUCUCCUUUACGUUUUCGAUCAGUUAAAAAAAAAA